AUGGGCGGCGCUCCGUCGGCAGUGCAAGCUGUCGAGGGGACCUGCGGGGAGGGGCAGGAGCCGCGGGAGGUCGCGGGAGAGGCGCGGAGCGCGAUCCUGGGCGCGACCACUGAGGCGCAGCCAUGCAGCGUGCCGCCCGAAGCCGCUGCGGCGCCUGCAGCGGACGACGUCGACGAGGGCGAUGCACGGAGUGCUGGAGAGGACGGGGAGGCAGCUGCGGCGGCCGAAGAGGACGAGGGUGCGGCGCAUGGUCAGGGGGAGGAUGACGUGUUGGCAGUACCUGCAAGCGGGGACGCUGCGGAGCCUGCGGCGAGCGAGGAGCCGAGCGGGGUGGAGGCGCCUGUCACGCUCGAGAGCCUGAUUCAGCGGGUGCCCCUGAACGACGCGGACGUCGAGCUGGCCGCGCAGCUGAUCGCCAAGGCAGGCAUCGACGAGCUGCGCAGACUCAACCUCGCGCCGCCGCCGAAACGGCCCCCGCCGAAGCGCGAGACCCUCGAGCUGAUGGACAUACACCAGAGGAUGGAGACGAUACAGGCGUUCAUCAGUUCGUUCCAGUACAACCACACCGGCAACAACUACUUCGACGUGCGCAAGAACCGCCCACUGACGCGCAUCAUGGACACGGCGCGCGACAUCUGCCGCGACGCGCUCCCCAUCAAGUGCGUCGAGGGCGUCUUCCUCGCGCUGCUCCUCACGAGCGGCCUCGAGGACACGGACCGGUACCCCGUCGGCUUCAAGAGCGCUGUGGGCGGGCGCGUGUACCGCCACAUCGUGCUCGCCGUGCACCACCGCCCGUCGGGGAAGUUCGGCGCCCUCGGUCUGUCGCGCCGCGAGAGCCUGAUGUACAAGCCGCCCGAGUUCGCGUCGCUGUCGGACCUCAUGGCUGACUUCAAGCGGGCCUACGAGCGCUGGUGGCACGUCGUGCUCAAGAUACGGGUGGGCUUGCCCGUGGACCACAACCUGUACCACGCGGGGCCGGUGUGCUGGCGGUACUGCCACUGCAAUCUGGAGAAGGUGCUGUGGGAGGAGGCGGCGGAGCACAUCGACAAGCAUGUGGCCAGUGCCAAGCGACGACUGGGGACGUGGCGGCUGCGCCUCGAGCGGGCGAACGCGCUGGGGCAGCGGAAGACCGCGAGCAAGUGGGAUGGCUAUGCGUCCGAGGACAGCGAGACCGGCGCUCCGGUGCCCGCAGACAGCUUCGGGGCGCGCAGACGGCCGACGAAGACCUCUGGUUCGUCCAGCAAGGCACAGGGCGCGAAGCGACGUGCCGAGAAGUCCAGCGCGGCGGCCACUGCGGCCCCCGACGCGCGAGAAAAUAACGAGGCCGGCGAAUGCACGAAUCGCGAGCCUGGCGACGGCGACGGCACGGAAGUCGACGGUGAGAGUUCUUCGCAGCAACGAGGUUCCGGGGGCGGUUCGGGCGGGGACGGGGGCGACGGGAGCUCGGAGGACGACGAUGGGAGCAGUUCCGAGGACGAGAAUGCGGCGGACCUGCCCGGCGAUGAGGGCGACGAGGCGCAGCAGGCGGCGGGUGCGCAGGCUGCCGCCACCGCUGCUGCGCUUCAUUCGAGUGCAGGGUGCGUGCUUGGGGCGGAGGGGCCCUCGACGGGGCCGUCAGCAACUGGGUGA